AUAUGACCUUCUGUUAUUAUGCAAAAGUCGUGUGUAAGAAGACGUUAGUGAUAGUUUGUUAUUGUUUUUACAUACGUUAAUAACUAUUUAAACACGUUAAGACAUUAAUUGGUUUAUUUAAGAAUGUUUCGUGCAGCUUGUCACCUGAAGGGCGUUAAUGCAUUUGGAAUUUUUAAAGGUGCUGGAGGAUCUCUAUCCUCAGUUCGAUCUGUUCACAAGACUCCACUGCCUAAAGAAUGGGUGGCUAUGGCACAGAAGAUGCUCAAAGGCAAGGAUCCAGAGAAGAAUUUAACGUGGCACACACUUGAGGGUAUUGAUAUCAAGCCAUUGUAUGUAAUGGAAGACAUAAAAAAUAUUCCUGAUGAAUUACCCGGAAAGUUCCCUUAUACUCGAGGACCAUACCCAACUAUGUACGCUCAGAGACCUUGGACAAUAAGACAAUAUUCCGGUUUUAGUACGGUAGAAGAAAGCAAUACUUUCUACAAGGAAAACAUUAAGAUGGGCCAGCAGGGUUUGUCUGUAGCAUUUGAUCUGGCUACUCACUGUGGAUACGACUCUGAUAAUCCUAGAGUAAAGGGAGAUGUUGGUAUGGCAGGUGUAGCUGUUGACAGUGUAGAAGAUAUGAAGGCCUUGUUUGAUGGUAUACCUUUGGACAAGAUCUCUGUUUCCAUGACAAUGAAUGGUGCUGUUAUCCCAGUCAUUGCAAUGUAUAUUGUUGCUGCAGAAGAACAAGUAAGUGGUUUCAUAUGGUUUUAUUGUUGUGGUAAUGAAAGAUCUGAGUUUGUUGACCUAGCUAGUCAGAGAUCUGUGUUUUUUUACUUAGCUAACCAGAGAUCUGAGUUUGUUGACCGAGCUUGUCAGAGAUCUGAGUUUGUUGACCGAGCUUGUCAGAGAUCUGAGUUUGUUGACCGAGCUUGUCAGAGAUCUGAGUUUGUUGACCGAGCUUGUCAAAAAUCCGAGUUUGUUGACCGAGCUUGUCAGAGAUCCGAGUUUGUUGACCGAGCUUGUCAGAGAUCCGAGUUUGUUGACAGAGCUUGUCAGAGAUCCGAGUUUGUUGACAGAGCUUGUCAGAGAUCUGAGUUUGUUGACCUAGCUAGCCGGAGAUCUGAGUUUGUUGACCUAGCUGGCCGGAGAUCUGAGUUUGUUGACCCCCAGAGAUCUGA